GCCUUCCAUCCAAAUACUGGCACAGUGUUCAGUCUCGACUGCCUCCUGAUCGACGAAGAGGGUGCAACUAUGCAAGCGUAUGCACCCCUCCCUCAGUGACAUGGAGCGGUUCAAAGACCAGCUAGUUGAAGGGAAGGUCUAUGCCUUGUUGGAUUUCGCAGUACGCCCAAGAAAGAAUGAGUACAUGGCCUGUAGAAAUGGCUUGAUGAUUUACAUGGAUGGGUUGACAGUGGUAGAUGAGAUAGAUGAAAAUACUAGUUCUUGGAUACCUCUCCAUAGCUUUGAGUUUGUUGAUUUCGACGAUGUUCCUUUGAGGAAUGGUGACAAGCGCUUCUUUACAGGUACUACAUGGUUGGGGGAGCUCACAGUAUAAUUAGCAAUAUGUGAUUGGCCAGAUAGUAUCCAUUGAAGGCGUGGGGGAGGCUUGGAAGUGGAAAUUUUGGCGUAACAUACCUUUUCGUAACAUAUGUUUACAUGAUUUAAGGGGAAGGGAAUUGAAUGUUGCGCUGUUUGGAGAUCUUGGUCGAAAUUUCGACGCAGAGAAGGUUUUCAAGCAAGGCCGAAAAGCCCCAAUUGUUGCUGUUUUUGCAGGGAUGCUCGUUUGACAAUACAAUGGCAAAGGAUUUACAGUUUGCUCAACAUCAGCUUCAAAGUACUACUUGGAUUUGGACAUACCAGAGGUGCAUGAGUUCCGUGCAAGUUUGAUGGAUCCACAUAAAUCGAUCCUUCUCCUCCCAUGUCAGCUACAAAAUCCUGUAAAUCCAUCUCACUUAGUUAAAAACUGGCGAACAAUCAAACAGCUGAAAAACCUGAACCCACACGAAUUACAGCAGGGCACCACAUUUUUGUGCAGAGCUACCUUGAAAGGCAUAGACUGCACCAAAGGUUGGUUUUAUCAGUCAUGCUUCCACUGCAAAAGUUCGAUCAGUGGAGAUGGAAUCAAUUCCUUUUGCAUUCAAGGUUGUCCGGAUAAUCCACCCCCUGUUCCACAGUACAAGCUGAGUGCAGUGAUGGAAGACACGACAGGCACUAUGGACGUCAUGAUUUUCGGCGACCAGCUGGCACAAGAGCUCAUUGGGGCUGCAGCAAAGGAGCUCGUUGGAGAGGUUACAGGCGAAAUGAUUUCAGCUGUUCUUUGUUCCCACCAGAGCCACUCCUUCGUAAUUGCUGCUGCCAACGGGUGCUUUGUGGUAAAGCACAUCCUGAAUGACAAUGAGCUGCAGCUCAUUGGUUCAGCUCAGGUGGCAGCAGGAUGCGGCCCUCUCCAGUCGGAGGAAGAGGGCUCUUCUAUAUCCUAUGAGCGCAGUCCCGUAAAAUGUGCUAAGAAGGAGAAGAUGGUGGAUGAAGAAGAUAGUGAAGUAGAAGUUAGUUGUGAAUUGCCACAGGGUGGGGGCUCUCCUGCAUCCUGCAGCUCCAGUUCACCAGUGAAAAAGGAGAAAAUGGCUGUUAAAGAGAAAGAAGAGAGGUAGCCAAAAAGGCAGAAGAUCGACAAACACAAGGAGACUGAGCAGGCAGAUGCAGAAUGACCCCCUUUCUGCAGCCAUCAACAACAUAUCAUCUUAGAAGAAUAAGACGUGUACAUGGUUGGUCAGAUCGUCGAAGUACAACGUAUCUGCCGUAGUUAUGGAAGUAUCCUUUGUGAAAUUAGAACUGUUCUACCCUGUACAUAUUUGCAAUAGCUAUCGAGACCCUAAUGUAGCAGCAUCUCCUGCAAACAGCAAUGCUAGUCUAUCAGAAAUUGCAGAGCUGGAGCUGGAUGCCGCAUGGUUCAGUGUAAAUCUUGUUGCCAAUCGUGUGACGUCGUAGUAUCAAAGUCACGUUAUUAAUUCUCUAGUGCUAGUAGUCUGAA